AUGCAGCUAGAACCCUUAAAACUAAACCAAGAUGUCCAGACGAGAUGGAAUUCAGUGUAUUAUAUGCUCGAACGUCUCGAUAAGAUCAAGAUACCUCUUUCUGCUGCAAUCACUUCAUUACCCGGCUGUCCGGAUAAUCUUAAUGCUGAGGAACGGGUCGAGGUGCACGAGUGUCUUUGCAUUUUAAAACCUGUGGAACAAAUGACGAGUAUUAUAUCUGGCGAGCAAUAUCCAACGUUAUCCUGCAUUAUACCUCUUAUACGCGGCGUCCAAGCAGCGCUAAAAAAUUGCUGUUCUAAUUCUGAUGUCGCUAAUAGGUUGAACUUAAAAUUACUGGAAAUUUUCGACAGAAGAUUUGGCAGUCAUGAGAUUAACAAAACUGCUGCCAAAGCAACAUUCAUAGAUCCAAGAUUUAAGAAAGCCGGUUUUGGCGUCGAAAGAAAUGCAGAUAAUGCUCAAAAAUUUGUUGUUGACGAAUUGAUGAUGUUAGAAACAUUGGAAUCUCAAGCUCAACUGCAAGUCUCAAACAUAUCUCCACAGCCAUCUACUUCACGUCUUGUAACACCUUCUACUUCAUCUUCAGAUUCCCAGCAGUUAACUUAUGAGGUGGCUAGCGAAAAUUUAUGGGAUCAUCUAGAUAAAAGGGUAUUGGAGUUUUCUAGCAUGGAAAACCCCUCGAUAUCCGCAAUGAUCAAGGUGAAACAGUACGUAGAGCUACCUUAUUUGGAUAGAAAAGUCAAUCCACUAGAAUUUUGGGAACUUCGCAAAGUCACAGCUAUGAAGUAUUUAUGCAUUCCAGCCACUUCUGUGCCUUCGGAACGAGUUUUCUCUAAGGCUGGACUUCUAUGCAACCAACGCCGUAAUAGACUAGAAUCCAAGAAGGUUGACUAAAUACUUUUUUUGAACAGUUAUUUCAAAUAACAUAUUUUUUAGUUCUUUUUUGUUUUGACUGAUAACUAAUCUACCUUUCAUAUAUCUUUUAAUAUUUAUAAUUUAGGUACUAUGGUACCGUACAUAAAAAGCUUCUAAACAUAUCGCCUUUUAUUGUGUAAUAAAAUAAAUUGAACUUGAUCUCAUUUUGGUUCCUAAAAAUAGUAGUCUUUAAAAAUAUUUUCAUAAUAAAUGUUCGAUUUAUAACCGUUGUGUCAUUAUGCUAAACCAUUUACUCCUUUUUGAUUUUACUUUUUUGUUAUAAUAUAGGUAUUGCACUAAAAUUUCUAGACUCGAGUUCUGGACUCGAAUUUCCAGACUAGAUUCUGGACUCCAAUUUUUAGAUUUGAGUCCUGGACUCGAGUCAACAUUCGAAUACCAAACAUAGAACUCGAGUUCUGACUCGAAUCGUGGAAUCGAGUCUUGAUUCGAAUCAUGGAAUCGAGUCAUGAUUCGAAUACCGUAUAAACCGACUCGAAUCGACUCGAUCCACUAAAACAACGACUCGGCACAUCGCUAUUAUUCUAUAGCAUGCAAAUGGCUAAGAGAGAAUUGGAUAGAUGACCAAAAGCUUUAUUAAGCUAA